ACGAAAAUCACUAGUGAAAUGUCAAAGUAGCAGUCAAGUCGUGAUUGUGUUGUGCGUUGGAAAUUAUCGUAAAAUGUUAGAAGAUUGCGUUAAAUUGUGAAAAUGGGUGCGAAGGACUCGAAGAGGUCGUGUUUGCCGUACGAGGAUGCCGUCAAACGAAUGUCUGAGGAGGAAUACAAGAGGAUAUGCGAGGCGUUCAAACGACUCAGCGGCGGCAAUCAACUCCUGAGCAAACAGAGUUUUAUUCUACACGUGUUGGGCGAUGGGGUGCCCCAGGCCAUCGCCGAGUGGUUGUACAUCGCGUGCGGGGGCACUCCGAGGGGCAUCGCCCUCAAGGACCUCAUCUGUGGACUGGUCCUGCUCACCAAAGGCAAGCAAGAUGAGAAGAUUCGGUUUUUGUUCACUUUGUAUUGCAACGAUUCGGGUACCCAUAUUACAAGAAAUGAGUUUUAUAGCGCCUUGCAGACUGAAGGGACUUUGCCACCCGAUAAACCCAACAGACCCAAUAUCCUGUGGGCGAGCCCAAUGCUGUCGCUUUUUCCUGUGGGACAGGAUCGAGUGACUUAUGAACAUUUCAGUGCUUGGAUACAAUACAAUAAGGAGGCAACGAUUUUGUCAAAGUGGUUACUCUCAAACCCUUGUGUAUCACUAAGUUCCGAAGUCGAAGCACCAACUUUUUACCAGACUUUAGCCGGCGUGACCCAUCUCGAAGAACAAGACAUUUGCGAAUUAGAAAAAUGUUUUUGGACACUUCAAAGCUCUUCACCUUCGUGCCAUUUAGAUUUAAAUUGUGUCAGGUCGAUGAUUUGUCCGCCGAUUCCAUUGACCGCAUGCGAGGGAUUAUUUUUAGCACUUGAUGUAAACAGAGACGGCCAUAUCGAUUUCAAAGAAUUAUGUUGUGGGAUUUCGGCGGCGUGUCGUGGACCAAUAGCUGAAAGAAUGAAAUUUUGUUUCAAAAUAUUUGAUAUGGAUAGAGAUUGUUACCUGAAUCCAGAUGAACUUCAACAUAUGAUUCGUACCUUGAUGCUUGUUGCAAAUGAAAAUAACAAAAGAUUUAAUAGUUUUGAUGGGAAUUUUGAUAGUGAUAAGGACGAAGAUCAUAGUAAAAUUUUGCAUUCUUUGACUCAAAGACUUGAUGGUAAAGGAGGUUUGAGUCAGGAGGAGUUUUUGGUUUGGGGUGUUGAAGAUAAUGGAUUGGUUGAACCAAUGUUGGAGUUAUUGUUUCAAGUCUGUCAUGUUUCGUUUGUUUUGAGGCCGGCUUGUAGACACCACGAACACGACAUUGUGACGGGAUGGUUGGAACGCGAAGAGCGUCGUGGCUAUCACGUGGGUCAAUUCUGGUACCUUAUCUCGUCCGAAUGGUGGCAGAACUGGCUAAACUACACUACCGCUCCCCGGAACAACCUCGAUUAUUGUACGUGCCGCACCACCGACCCUCGUCUCGUCGAAGAAGGCAUCGUUUGCGACGAAAGUCUUAUCAGCAAUGGCACCGACUCAAACGAAUUCAACUCGAACAGCAUGGAAUCAAUGGGUGACCUCCUUGGCAAAGGCGACACCUGCAGUAUAGCUUCGAGUUCGGGUGUUUCGAGUAGUUCGGGUACCACUGGAUCAAAACGAAGUCAAGGCAUGCCAGGACCCAUCGACAAUUCGAAUCUUGUCGCCGAACCUUUACAAAAAGUGAGGACACUGACGGGUGAAGGGGGAAGGCUGAAAAGGGAUACACCGUUGGUGCAGCAUAGGGAUUUCGAACUGGUGCCCGAUUCGUUGUGGAAGGCGUUGGCGCAUUGGUAUGGAGGACCGUUGCCUUUGCCGAGACAGGUGAUUCUGCCGCCGGGGAGUUGCGAUGUUGAAUUGGAGUUGUAUCCAUUGAAUUUGAACAUAUGGAUGCAUCAGUCGCAAGCGGUGGGGUCGGCGGCGUCCUGGAGCAGUGUUGUAGGAGGUUAUGGAGCUGCCGCCCUGAACACUGCUGGCAUAACCACCUCUCCCAUCUCGUCCCCUCGGCGCUACUUCGCUCACACCGCCGCCUUCAGCCGUCUUGCCAACGUCCACCAAGUGAUUGAAUUCCUCUGUCUGCGACUCAGCCUCCGUAUCGAAGAUGUCCGACUGUGGCACGUCAAAGACACCACCACUCUUCUCGAAGACGAGAACGCCACCUUACAGGACUUGGGUGUUAUUGAUGGUGAUAAGAUCCUCCUCGAGGUGCGCAAUAAGGACCUAACAUGGCCCGAGGAACUUGGCGCUUUAGUUGCCGGCGGUCAGACGACACUCAGUGCCGAACGUCGACCGACGAUAUGUCUACCACCUGGUGCCACAGGAUUGCAUAAUCUUGGCAAUACGUGUUUUAUGAAUGCGGCACUACAAGCCGUCUCCAAUACGAGACCGUUGACAUUGUAUUUUCAAAGGGACGGGCAAUUGUGCGAAUUGAAUAGCGCGAAUCCAUUGGGAACGAAAGGAAUGGUAGCGAGGAGGUAUGCCGAAUUGUGUAGGGAGUUGUGGGCGGGUUCGACGAGGAGUGUAGCGCCGUUGAAAUUGAGGUAUUGCGUUACGAAGCAUGCGCCACAUCUAGGAGGCGGGGGACAGCAUGAUUCUCAGGAACUCCUCGCAUGGUUGCUGGACGCCCUCCACGAGGAUUUAAACAGGGUAGCACGUAAACAAUACUCAGAACUGAAAGAUUCAGGAGGUCGUCCUGACGAAGUUGUCGCUGACGAGGCAUGGAAUCAACAUCUAGCGCGCGAUCAUUCUAUCAUAACUGAUCUGUUUUACGGCCAAUUAAAAAGUAAAGUCACUUGUCAGACGUGCGGUCACGAAUCAGUCCGAUUCGAUCCAUUCAAUUUGUUAAGUUUGCCAUUACCAAUGGAAAGUUAUACGUUAUGUGAAGUUUUAGUUGUAAGAUUAAAUGGCGAGACGCCGAUAAAAUACGGCCUCCGACUCAACUCCGAAGCAAAAUAUAUCGAACUGAAACAGCAACUCGAACGUCUUUGCAAUAUCAAAACUGAACGUUUACUUCUCGCCGAACUCGCUUAUUCACAAAUCAGACAAGUGUUAAACGACGACGUCCGAAUAAAUCCGGGGACGGCGACCGAAUUGUACGCUUAUGAAUUACCAGAAGAUCAUCAAGAGACAGAAACUAUUAGCAACGAUGUCGAUGUGGAGGUUGCCGUUUCCGAUAGUCCCUUGGCCCGCAGUCCUGAGGUAAGAGGUGGUUCGGCCCUUUGCAUGCCCAACAUUCUAUGCUUUAAGAACAGGCAAAAAACCGACAGCCAUCUAAUGAACGGAGGAGUCGUCUUGAAAAAAGCUUCAAUCAUAUCACAUUCCUCUUCGGACACAUCCUCAUCAUCGAAAUUCCCAAGUUAUCUAAUAGCCUUGCAUCGGAAAUGUGUCAGACAAGAAACCUACUUUCUUUCACAACAGAAAAGCAAACCGAGUUUAUUUGGUUCACCACUUUUGCUCGGUUUUCGUCCAAAUAGUACGUGUCAGAGUUUAUACGAAGCAGUUUGGGGACAAGUAACGAGAUUUCUAAGCCCUCUGCCGCAAAGCGAUCAAACUAAUCAUGCUACAGACUGUGAUGACUCCUUGGGGUACGAAUUUCCUUUUACGUUGAAGGCUGUCCUUCAAGGUGGCCAGAUUUGUGCAAUAUGUCAUUGGACCCAGUUCUGUCGCGGAUGUACCAUACCUUGUAGCAACGAUCUGGUGGUCGAUCACUGUCGGGGGAAUUUAAAUGGAAUGUGUAUCGCCAUUGAUUGGGAUCCUACCGCUUUGCAUUUGAGAUAUCAGAGCAAUAGAGAGAAGUUAUGGACGGAGGACGAGUCUGUCAGUCGAUGUCAGAAGUUGCAUACAGAACCGAUCGAUUUGGAUAAUUGCUUGAAAGCUUUCACUUCCGAGGAGAGAUUAGAGACGAAAUAUCAUUGUUCCAACUGUCAAGAUAAACAGCCAGCGACGAAGAAGUUGCAAAUUUGGCGUUUGCCACCUAUUCUGAUAAUCCAUCUGAAGCGCUUCGAUUGCGUGAACAACAAAUGGGUAAAAACUCAAAAAGUGGUAAAUUUCCCAUUCAAAGAUUUCGAUCCGACGGCAUAUCUUGCAUCCGUACCUCAAGAGACAAUAUUGCGCCAUCUACAACUUCGUGAAAAACAACGUCAAGAUCUGGAAAGUUCAUGUGAUAGUCAAACAUCGGUGAAAACAAUCGAAGAAAGCAUUGAAACAAAUUGUACAACAAAUGAACAUUCAAAACUUUUAACAACAACCGACAACAAACCGAAAGUCCAAUUGAACAAAGUGAGAGCUCGGCUCGAAUCGACCAGUUUGUUAAAAACACCAAUCAUAGACGAGCAUCUCAAAGACUACCAUCAGCAUAAAUUGCUACCCGGACAGGAUCCCUUCGAUCUGAAAUAUCAAUUGUAUGCUGUUGUGAGUCAUUCAGGGAUGUUAAACGGGGGCCAUUAUAUUUCCUACGCUUGCAAUCCGAACGGAAAUUGGUAUUGUUAUAAUGACAGUUCGUGUCGAGAGGUUUUAACCGAAAUUGUUGAACCGCCUAAAUUGAAAAAGUCAGCUUGUACGCCGUUGCGUCGCAGGAAGAAUACGCAAUCGAGUGAGAAGGAAGAGACCUGUAAUACCGACUUUAAGGAAAUCGGCGACGAAUCAACCACCGAACUGGAAUCGAAUUAUAAAUGUGUUUACAGUGAGGUGAAAACUCCCAAAAUCGACACGAGUUCGGCAUAUAUUUUGUUUUACGAAAGGUCGGGCCUCGAUUACAAACCGUAUCUUCCCGAAGUCGUUUCGAACGGUCAAAUCGUGCCUGAAGUUGAACUAGACGAGAAUGAAUCUGAAUUACGUAAGCAAUUGUGUUCCAUUCAGUAAUUUUUGUUGAGUUUUGUUUAGUUGUUGAAGUUGCGAGAAAUAUAUUUUUGUAAAUGGUGUGCCACCUUUUUUUUUUAAUUCGGUGAUUUGUUUUCAUUUUUAUAUGAUUAUAGUAUUGUUACUCCGUUUUGCAGAUCUAUUAUUUAUGAAAGUGUAUUUAUAGAUGUUGAUAAUAUUGUGAUCUUGAAGCCUAAAAUUGUAAAAUUUAAUGUAGAACGUGAUAAUUUUUUCCGAAAUGAUGGAUGGAUGGAUUUUUACACGAAUCCUGGUUUGAUUCAACCAAAGAUGUAAACAGAUUCGUUCAAAAGUUGACUGUUUUGGGGUUAUUUAUUUUACUAGUCUGAUAUUCUUAUCUUAUUCCACUAAGUUUGUAAGAUAUUUAUAAGUGUUGCUUUUUUGACACGGUUUAAAUAUAUUUCCAUUAGGUAUAAUAUUAAUGGUGCCAUUACACAAUAAAAUAAAGCUUGUA